GAGAGAAGGAACACAAGCCAGGCUUUAUCCUUCUCGUCUUUCCCGCUCUCAAAGACCCCACAAGAGUACCUCCGAUUUUUCUAGCCCACCAGCUCUCCCUCAUUUACGGCAUUUUUUUUCCCUUCUGACAUUUACACAGAAAUUCCCGCCAGACGUGCUGAAUCCGACUAGAGAGGAUGGCUGCAUCCAUGUGGAGAAUGAAUGGGCUCUGCAGAAGCAUGAGUGGAGUUCUGCUGCUCUGUGCUCUAUUGUUCAGCAGCAAGGUGACUUGUCAAGAUGAUCCAUCAACUCCCUCACCCUCAGGUUCUGCAGAUAUGGUUAAAGGAACUACUGUCCGCAAUCCUGUCACUGAUAGCCUCACAGGUAAAGCUCUGUCUGAUGAACCAAGUGUGGAUUCUUCAGCAGUUGCUUUUACUUUAGCUGCCGUCCCAGCAACCUCGAAACCUCUGGAAGAUAAUACUUUUGAAAACACAUCUGAACCCCUUGUUGUUACUACACUACCGUCUAAACCUGUUCAACCUGUUGAGAUGCGACCCUCCCAAGUUGCAUGUGUUGGAAAAGGGGAUAUUCCUGAAGAGAAGGCUGUCAAGAUUCAAUUAACAGAAACAAAACCCUGUGAAGAAAUUAAAGGAAUUUUGGAGGAUUUCUCGACACAAUGGUGCAAACCUGGCAAUUGUAAUCUGAAUAUCUUCCAAGAUGACAGCACAGUCUUGAUGGAAUUAAAUGGUGCUGAAAAGUCUUCUUUGGAAAAGACACUCUAUAGUGAAGCUUUGAAAGACAGGUUGGGUGUAGCAGAAAAUAGCAGUCCAUCAUCAUCCAGUUCUUCUUCUGUAUUCGUGGGAAUAUUGGUCACUGGUCUCCUGGCUGCCCUCGGACUCAUUGUUGGGUACUAUAAAUGCCAACGGAGGCCUGAAACCAAGGGAGCAAAACUGGCUGAGGAGGCCUACCCAGUGGAUCAGGAAAAUCAGGGGAACACCCUUGCAUCUGAGGCCCCCCUGAACCCCCCUCCAGAAACUCAGGAGAAACCCAGUAUUAACGGAGAGUCCCCGGAGGCAGUUAAAAUCGAGACCCCCCCUCCCACCAACGGCCACUCCACUGCAAAGACAGCAGACACAGAGCUGUGAAAUUGCCCAACAGCUGCUGCAUUCCAGGAACUUCCUCCUGCUAACACUUUUAUCUCCACCGAUGCAUACAUGCCCACACAGAGAAAAUUGGCAACUCAUCCUGCUUAACCACAAAGGGGAUUGUCCUCUUCCUCUCAGGCUUUUUGCCUCAACAAACAUCAGGAAAACUAGUCUGAUUAUGAUAAUAUUGGGAGUGGAAAAGCACAGUGACGAAGACUCAGGCCCUGGGUUUUUGAAGCAAGACCAACAAGAGGAGGUCCACAUUUUUAUUUUUACAUUAAUCAGCUCUGACUGUUAUGACUGAAGUCAGCAAAGUCUAACACAUCUAAUCUGGUUUUGGAAAUCUCAGUCUUACAACAUUGCAUGAAUACAUUUAAAUAUUUCUUUUAAAUUUUAAUGUUAAGUGGGAAAAGAAAGAAACAAACUAUGCUCAAUUUGAGAAAUCUGUUUACAACUCUGACUAAUAGAAGAAACCCACUGUACAUGUUCAAACGUCUGCUGCAUGUGUGUUUAAUUAAUGUCUCCAACUUCCAUAUAGCUGUAUAUACAGUAUCAGUACAUGCAUCUAGGCUUGUCUUUCUUUUUUAUGUUACCUGCUAUGAGGACUUGAUAAAGUGUGAAAGAUUUUUUUGAGUAACUUUUCAUGAUGAUUGUGAAUAUGAAUGUUACAUUAGCCAUGAAUUCUGUACAGUUGUUGAGAUUAGAUGAAUGAGCUGCAGAGGAAGACAAAUCAAAUGUUCUUUUCAUCUUCUUUCUUUUGAAGAGUUUGAACCAGCUGUCAAAUUAAACUGUGGGGAGAUUAACCAACAAGAGAACAAGAACAAAAAAUAAUGACUCUCAGCUUUUUUUUGUCCUGUUUAUCAUUGCUAUUCUGGUGUCAGUAUGUAACUGUUGUUUAUUCCUAUUGUGUGUAGAUGUAUUUUGGCCUCAUAUGUCAGUUUAUAAUCCAUAAUCAACCUUUUCCAACUAAACAAUGUUUGAUCUUUACCUUACUUAAUGUUGUGAAAGCUUUAUUAUUAUUCCUAUGUUUUAUAUUCUUUUUUUAUUUUUGGGGGGGAGGUCUUUGGAAACGUUUUGUAACUUUUUUGGAUUAAGAUUUUGUAAUACCAACAUCACAAAGCAAAUUCACAAAAGCUUGAAUUUUGCAAAAACAAAUAAAUAAUCAGUGUUUCUCCUAA